UGUGGUUGGAGCUUUUAUAUGUAAACCCAAUUCAACCUGUAUUCUAGUGGUUCGGUUCUUAGCUGAAUAAUUCCAAAAUAUCCCCAACAGAUGGCGCCAUAUGCGUUCAAUAAAUAUGCGCUAUUUUCUAUGGACAUAACCUCGCUUAAAUAUAAUCCCAGAAUGAUGAGUGAGAAAAAUUUGUAUAUCUCUUCACUUUUCGGUGGAGCAGCAGCUGGUUUAUCCGUAGAUAUGAUUCUUUUUCCUUUAGAUACCAUAAAAACCCGUUUGCAAUCAGCACAAGGUUUUCGAAACGCCGGAGGAUUUUCCGGAAUUUAUAAAGGAAUUGGUCCCCAAGCAAUCGGUAGUGCCCCACAAGCUGCCUUAUUUUUUUGCACAUACGAAAGUUGCAAAUAUUUUAUGACCCCCUUAGUGCCUCAACAAGCUUUACCGAUCGUUUAUAUGGCAGGGGCAUCGCUAGCUGAAGUUGUCGCUUGCUUGGUUAGGGUUCCAAUGGAAGUUGUUAAGCAACGGCGACAAACUUGUCCUAAAAAUUCGACUUCUAUGGCGAUCGCGUUGGAUGCUUGGAGAUCGGAGGGGCUUUUAAAGGGGUUGUAUCGCGGUUUUGGGUCUACGAUUAUACGGGAAGUCCCGUUUUCUUUCGUGCAAUUCCCAAUUUUGGAGUUUUUGAAACGCACGUAUCGAAUUAAAUUUAAAAAUAAUGAAAUGUUGAGUAGUUUUGAAGUUGCUAGUUGUGGCGCGAUUGCAGGUGGAGUUUCCGCUGCGAUUACAACCCCGUUAGAUGUUGUAAAAACUCGAAUAAUGCUAGCUGAUAAGAGUUUAACUGUUAAUAAUAUGUUCAAAUUAGUUUAUAAAGAAAAAGGUGUUGCAGGGUUAUUCGCUGGGUUUGUUCCUAGAGUUUUGUGGAUAACUUUAGGUGGUUACAUUUUCUUUGGAACUUACGAUUUUGCGAGAAAUUUUUGUAGUAAUCACAUUUUACAGGAACCUUUAGACCUUGAUAACAUCUAACCUCAAAAAAUUAAUCAAUAAAGUUUUUAAAAAUUUA